GGGUCUGGAAGCUUCCAGCCCCCGGUGCCGCAGCUCCCGAGGCCACGCAGAGAACACCGUGGGUGUCCGUCCGGGAUGCUGUUGGCUGUGCCCACCGCAGGCUCACAUCGGCCGUCACUUCCUAGCCUCACUCUGCUCAUGGUGCGGUGGCAGAGGGAGCGCUCACUGGCUGUGGAUAGGAGCUGUGGGGGCUGAAGCUGGAGAGGCCAAAGAAAGGUAAAGGAAUUGGACGCUCUCAAUGUGGCAGCACCUUACUGUUGCAGGCAAGAAAGAACCUGCAUUUCUGAGUGUGGAAGGAUCCCUCUUCAUAGCUCAAAGUAGGCUGGAGCGCACUGAGGGGUGUGUAUGUGUUACCUACGGCCAUGCAGGACGUGCAAGCGUGUCUGGGAAGAGCUGUGAGACACCCGUGUAUCCUCUUCGGUGGAGGACAUCCCAGUGACACAACCCAUAGAAGAGCUUUGAGAACUGGCUGCUUAGAGCUUAUCCUUUAGAAACGGGAUCCAUUGGUGAAACAGUCUGCAAGUGAUUCUGGUUCAUUUCCCACCCUUUCCAGAAUGGCUCCCUGCACUACUGCUGACUGCAGUCAAGAGAACUGUGAUCCUGACAGGAAGCAUGUGCAUGAAGAACUCACUGACAGGAGUGCUAUGCAUUAUUUAGGAACUUUACCUGCAUGACUGAUCGGCUGCAGACUCUUCAGCUGCUGGGAACUGAGGAUUAUACCAUAUGCGAACACUAAAUGCCCCUUUUCCUAGGCUUAUAUGAUGGUUGGGUUCUCACUUCUGACAUUAUAGUCAUAACUGUGUAAUUAACUAUCAUGUUACUUCAGUAGUUUGAUUUGAGGUCACAUGUUGAAAUUUGAAAUGUUGGUUUCAAUGUGAUGUUUGACAGAAUGUGCAUGAAUUUCAUGCUGUAUUUCAUGAAAGGAAACGAAUAUAAGAGAUGCCAGGGCACAACCCCCUAAGGUUCAUCAGAAGCCUUUUAGCUGUGAAUUUUUAUGACCUAAAAUAUUACUUGCAGAGAACUGUCUGGGAGAAGCACCAAAAUGAAUUCCUUCUGGCUGAUGGGCAGUCUGCUGUCACAGGCUGUGUAAGGAGCGUUACUGAGCCUGGUUAAAAAGAUCACCUUUCAUGCCUGAACCUUUUGAGCUAAAUUAAAAAGGUCAGUUAAGGACUUUGCAGCAUCCCACAGACGCUAGAGGGCAUCGCUGCAGCUUGUAAAGCAGCUGUUCCCUGGAUUCUGGGAUUUAAUGCUCCCUGCUCCCUUCUGUCCAGGCUCUGGAGCAGGGUAAAUAGGAACAGCAGCAAAUGCAGCUUCAGCUACUGCCUGUGUCAGAUACCCCUGGGGGCAAAGAGACAACUGCUUCUGUCCUCAAGUGACAGUCCCACAUCACAGUAUAUAGAAUCCCAGACUGGUUUGUGUUGGAAGGAACCCUAAAGCUCACCCAGUUCCAACCCCUUGCCACAGGCCAGGAUACCUUCCACUAGAGCAGGUUGCUCCAAGACCCAUCCAUCCUGGCCUUGAACACUGCCAGGGAUCGGGCAGCCACAGCUUCUCUGCGUAAUGUUUUAAGAAUAUAACUUAUGGAUAGAGUAAAAGCUAAUGGGAGUUCAGAAUGUAUCAAGGAAGUUUUGCACUACAAUAGCUUUAAUGUAAAAGGAGUAGCACUGAAAUAAGUAGCCUUAAGUUGCUGUAGUGUUCCUACCAUUAGUGAACCUAAAGAACUGUUUUGGUAGAUGUCUGCUAGAUGUGACAUGGAUAGAAUUGAACCUGCCUUGGGGCAGACAAAUGCAUGGCCUGUUGAGGUAUCACCAAGUCCUAUUUUCAUGUGGUUAGGAAUUGUUUAAUAAUAGACUUAAAAGCAUUAUGUUGCUUACCUGGUUACUGAGAUGUUUUCUGAAUAACUAAUUUGCUGUUUCGCAAUAGGCGAAUACUUAAGAGACAAAACAGGAAGUGAAAAAGUAAUUUGGGAUCAGCCAUGCUUACUGGGCAUCUCUGAAGUGUCUUUCCUGAAAGAAAGGACGCACAACCUGGAAUAGAGUGCUGAGCUACACUGUUCUGAUCAUGCUGUUAGGAGGAUAUGCUCAGAAGCAAUUUAAGACUCCUCUCAUAGCGCUUCAGUUUGUGGAGGACAGAAGAGAUGUUACCAGUCUGCCUCUUACAUCUGUCCAGACCAGCAAACAGAACUUCCAAGGUCACUGCUGAACCUGGACAGCUCAGAUUUGCUGUUACAACUGUAGCUCUUUUAUAAAUAGGAUAGGCUUAGCUGAUUAGCAGCCUUAUCUCCACUGAUUAAUGAGGGAAUUGAAUUUCUCUCUCACUGAGGUUACUUCACUUCCAGUAUGGAGAUGAAUCGAGAAAAACUGUGUACCAGUAAGGCUGAUGUGAGCUCAGAGUCUGCUUAUCAUUGCUCAACAUGUCACGACGAUGAGGAGUGGAGCAACACGAGCCGGGGACGAGCCAAGUCACGAAGUUUGUCUGCUUCACCAGCCCUGGGAAGCACCAAAGAAUUCCGGAGAACACGUUCCUUGCACGGACCAUGCCCAGUGACCACAUUUGGACCAAAGGCCUGUAUGCUGCAAAAUCCUAAAACAAUUAUGCACAUUCAGGAUCCAGCAAGCCAGCGGUUGACAUGGAACAAACCUCCCAAGAGCGUCCUUGUUAUUAAAAAGAUCCGUGAUGCCAGUCUGCUGCAGCCUUUUAAAGAGCUUUGUGUGUAUCUUACUGAGGAGAACAAUAUGAUAGUAUAUGUAGAAAAAAAAGUAUUGGAAGACCCCGCUAUAGCUAAUGAUGAGAAUUUUGGACCAGUGAAGAAGAAAUUUUGCACCUUCAGAGAAGAUUAUGAUGAUAUCUCCAAUCAGAUAGACUUUAUCAUAUGCCUGGGAGGAGAUGGGACCUUGCUUUAUGCUUCUUCACUUUUCCAGGGUAGUGUGCCUCCAGUUAUGGCUUUUCAUCUGGGAUCCCUUGGAUUUCUUACUCCAUUUAAUUUUGAGAAUUUUCAGUCCCAAGUCACUCAGGUUAUAGAAGGCAAUGCGGCCCUUGUUCUGCGAAGCAGGCUCAAAGUGAAAGUAGUUAAAGAGCACAGAGAGAAAAUGACAGUACAAAAUGGCAUAGAAGAAAAUGGAGUAGUGUCUACAAAUCUAGAGAAAGAAGUGGGCAAGCAAGUUAUGCAAUAUCAGGUCCUAAAUGAAGUUGUAGUGGAUCGUGGUCCUUCAUCUUAUCUUUCCAACGUAGAUGUCUUUCUUGAUGGGCACCUGAUAACAACAGUGCAAGGAGAUGGAGUCAUUGUCUCCACACCGACUGGUAGCACUGCGUAUGCAGCUGCAGCAGGAGCUUCUAUGAUUCAUCCCAAUGUUCCUGCAAUAAUGAUCACCCCAAUCUGCCCUCACUCACUGUCUUUCAGACCUAUUGUUGUUCCUGCUGGAGUGGAACUCAAGAUUAUGCUCUCCCCAGAUGCCAGGAAUACAGCAUGGGUUUCAUUUGAUGGAAGGAAGAGGCAGGAAAUAUGCCAUGGAGACAGUAUUAGCAUCACUACCUCUUGCUAUCCUCUUCCUUCGAUCUGUUUCCGAGAUCCUGUGAGCGACUGGUUUGAAAGCUUGGCUGAGUGUUUACACUGGAAUGUUCGGAAGAAGCAAAAUAACUUUGCUGUUGAAGAAGAAGAAUUUUGAGUGUCUACAUCUAACAAGACUCAUGGGAAUGGAAAGUGGCAGUAUCCCUUCUAUAUGCUUGGAUUUUAAGGUUUUUGGCUAACAAGUGUGGUCACCAUCUCAGACAUAUAUAGUAAUUAUAUUUGUCUAAUCUGCUGAUGGCUGGAAAUUAUUGUACUACUCCUGUCCACCAAGAGUAGAAAUGGAAGAAAUUAGGCUCUGAUUGUUGUAAUCCAGUGUGAGUUUCCUUCAAAUGAGCAAUCUGAAGAUUGAUUCUUUCUGAUUGGUAUUGACAACUGCAACUGUAGCUUUGAUUGUAACCUAUAACUUACCAGUAACAUGGUAGGCUGAAUGUAGAUACAUAAUAGAAAAGUGGCAGUAGAAAAGUGGCAUUAAAAUACUCUGUUUCAUUUGGUACAUUUGUAAUUCCGUUUAAGACUGCUAUGCAUAUAAAGACUCUUAAGAAAUUUUUUUGAAGAGAAAAAAGAAGCUCCUCUUUGCUAGCUUAAAUACAUCUAGCCCAGAACAGCUCCCCGUCAACACAGUGCUUAAAAUACUUUCUCCGUACCUGCAAAUGUGGCACACUGUGAAGAAACACCCAUGAAGAAUGUGUUUUUUUUAAUUAAUAGAUGGAAUUAGUUAAGUAAAAAAAAAAGUAUAUUUUUUUUAAUACAUGUGUGUUUCUUAUUCCCAUUUGAACAGUGUUUGACCCUGGGCUGCCCACAAAUAACAUGGACAAGCAUUAGUGUGAACUGAGUUGAUUAUUACAGUGAUCUCCAUUUCUGUAACUGAGCUAGUUUAUAGCUCUGCAGUUCCUGUUGGUGGGAAUCAUCAAUAUGUUGGUUUUUCUUACCAUUGUUGUUUGAUUCUCUGGAAUACAUAGUAGCAUUAGAGAUUAUAAAAUCACAAAAAACCAAUUCUCCAAAUGUUCAAGAAGAAUCUGGACUUCAAUUAAUACUAUAUGGUCUAGUUUCACUACUGUCUUGAAUAAAGAGUAUCCUAUACUAGGCCCUGAAUGCCCUCAACUUCCAUAGGUACCUUCCAGCUCUUGGUGCUGAAUAAUAGAGAAAGGGAUGCUGCAUUGAUAGGCAGGUGGAUACAUGAGAGGACACAUUCCCAGUAGAGUAGCAACGGUGCCUUCAGCACACUCAAGAUAUUCGAAGUCUCGUAUUUACUUUUCUAAGAUGCUUUCAGAUGUUUCUAACUUCUCUAUGUACAUAUUUUAUUGUAUGUGCUUUUAUGAAAGAAAAACCCCAACAAAAAGUCUAGUUGGGAAUAAAGGGUUUGUACUGUACUUAAAGUGAAAAACAUCAAACCCAACUAUAAUGUUUACAUUUAUGUUCUCUGUUGGUGCAGUCUUACGAUCAUACUAUUCAAACUUCAGCAUUUUCAAAGUCUUGCUGCAUUGGUCAUUAAAGGAAUGGACAUUAUCUGUUAAAUCUAAGCCUGUGGCAUAAUAUUGUGGAGGAAUUAAUUUACUGAUUAAGGUGGGAUUUCCUUGAAAGUGGAGUGAGAACUUUUCAUGAUUGUCUUACGUUGUUUAUGUGGUCCAAAGUGGUAAUGGGAAAUGUAUUCAUUUCCAAACUCUGCCUAACCUGCUGUCCUCUGAUGGUUUAAAUAAUGUUUCUUCCAUUUUGGAUGCUGCCCCAGUUUGUCUGAUUUUGCUAAAUCCAGGUGAGAGCACUUUUCCAUAGAAGAGAAAUGAACUCUCAAUUAUAUGAAUCACAAUGAAAAAUGUGUUAAUAUAAAUGAAUACUCAGUUUGUAAAUUUUGUAAAAUAGAAUAUUGGUUUGAUUUGAUCUAAAUAGAUGAAUUUUGUGCUAUCUUGGAGAACAUCCAGAUAGCUUUUGGGAUUUCUCUUUCACUUGAAUCUGCAGUAAUUGUUUUAUCACUGUUUUGAUGCUUACGGGUUUCCUAGGUGAAGUAUUCAGUUAUUAAAUAACUGUUUACUUUUUGAACUAUAGAAGUGUCAGACUUUUUGCUUUGAAGCUAUUUUAUUUAAACAUGCAAUAAUUGAGAAAAGGAACAGGGUAUGGUGGCUAGGUAAAGGUAUUGGUAAGUGAGGUAGCAGGCACGCUAGGAAGUGGAAAUCAUUUUGCGGAGGUGAGGCGAAAUGGUUAAUGAGCCUUAUCUAGUAUUUUUUUAAAGAUAAGAUUAUAUUCAGCACUUUUUAUUUAUGCUUUUUAUAAUAGUAAAGCUAUUAUUGACUAAAUUGCCGAACUUUGAUUUUCAGAGUGCAUAGUUCAUGAAAUCUGUAAUCACAAGUUACCUAACUACUUUCUCUAGAUUAGAUCUAGAUUAGGAGUUGUCUUUAAAUUUAUCAUGUACUGCAAUUGCAUCACUGGCUUUGAGGCUUCUGCAGUUUUGCUUGUACAACUAUUCCUGUUUGAUAGCAAUGUUAUUUGGAUCAUUGAUCCGCCAAGUAGAGAGCUACAGUCGCCCACUAAAGGAAAGAAAGUCACACGAUGACUUUAGUCUUUGCUUUUUCUUCAAAAAAGCUGUGUUGAUGAUAAUUGUACUAGCUGCUUUAUAUCAAAACACAACCCAAAUUGUGCUAAUACAUUACAAACUUAUCUAACUGUACAGUGUCCCUUUUUGAGGCCUUUAAUCUGCAAACCAGCAGCUCACAAGCAGGCUAGUGGGGUUUAAACAGCACCAAAGCUGUGCAUAUAUAAAUGCUCAAAGUGUGAGUAACGUCUGUGCAAACCACAGCACAACCAGACAAAAAAACAGCUGUAAUGCAGACUUGGUUAUAUUGGCAAUAAAAGCUCAUUUUGCAGAUGUAGCUUACAAAGUAACUUGUUUAUACUGUACUGGUAACAUAGGGGUUUGCUGAUUAAGAGCUGUGUUUGUAAGGGUUUGUAAAUGUUACUAUACCUGCAAAUCCUUUCCAAAGGGUCAAAAUGGAAGCUGGGAAAAUAAUUUGGGGUUUCUUCCCUUUAAAAAGUAAUUCUCUACUAGAGAGUUUCAGAAAUUACUAACAACUGAUGUAGUGUGGAAUAAAGCAGUGUACUGAAUUUUUAAGAGGUAAAAAUCCUGUUACAUAUUGUUAAUGCUUUGAAAACUUGUUUAAAAUAUUGUUGAAAACAGAUAUUUUUCAAUCCUUUCAAUAAAAUCUUUUUGUAAAGUUG